AUGGAGUUCAGAGGGGAUACCACGUCCCACCCCGUCUCACUGAUCUGUGUUCCCAACGGCUCAUUCUACAUUUACUGCAUCUCCGACCCCACCGAGACAAAAGUCCGUGCUGUCUCCAUGGCAGCCACUGGAACAUUCCACUAUGUCAUUGUCGGCGGUGGUGCCGCGGGACUUCUCCUCGCGACGCGUCUCUCAGAGGACCCCGAGGUGCAGGUCCUCGUCCUCGAGGCUGGGGAGGACCUCAGUCUCGACCCGCGCGUCAACGUGCCCGCCAUGUGGACACAGUUAUGUGGCAGCUCGGCAGACUGGCGGUUCAAGACGAGCCCUCAAAAGGCGCUCGGCGGCCGCCAGAUGGAGUUCUCGCAGGGCCGCCUGCUAGGCGGGUCAGCCGCCCUCAACACCAUGUUGUUCAUCCUCAGCGCCAAGUCGAAUCUUGACCAGUGGGCUGGGCUCGGAAACGAGGGCUGGGACUGGGAUAGCCUCGGAAAGUCCCUGAACAAGGUCUACAACCUCGAUCCAUCUUCGGCAGCUUCCGCCCCAGGUGCCGGCCCCAUCAGCAUCAGCAUUCCGGAUGAUGCCGACAAGUGGGCGCAGGUCUGGCGCGAGAGUAUCGCCGGUCUUGGACUACCCGUCCAGGACGACCCUCUUGGCGAGAAUGUCCUCGGCGCGGUUACGUAUCCCGAGUCCGUCGACCCGAAGACCAAGGUCCGGAGCUACGUCGUCAGCGCGUACCUUGCCAUCGCGAGCUCGCGUCCCAACUUGACUGUGCGCACAUCGGUCCAGGUUGACAAGGUCCUGUUUGACCUCUCGUCUGGAGGCGAGCCUGUCGCCACGGGUGUGGAGUAUACGUUGACCAAGGACGGUGAGGAACUGUCCGGGCAGGUCGUGACAGCACACCGGGAAGUCAUCCUGUCGGCCGGUGCCAUCAACACCCCGCGCAUCCUCGAGCUCUCUGGCGUCGGGGACAAGGCCCGGCUCGAGACACUGGGGAUCCCCGUCGUGGUAGAUAAUCCCUCCGUCGGCGAGAACCUCCAGAACCACGUCAUCGUGCCACUGUCAUUCGAAGUCAACGAGAACUCGGGUGAAGGGUUUGACACGGUUGAUGGGCUCUCACGCCAAGACCCAACGGCCCUCGCUGCCGCCGCAGAGGCGUACGGCAGGCAGACGGGACCACUGUCCAGGACCAACUCCAACGUUCAGGCGCAGGUGCCUUUCCCUCACGUCGACACCGACAAGGGAAGAGCUGAUCUGGAACAAGUCCUGCGCAGCACCAUCGACGGCGCCACUGGGAAGAGCGACUAUGAACAAGCCGUCGAGGCCUAUGUCCAGUCCGUCCUCGAGUCCCCAACAGAGGCAUCAGCCGUCUACCUGACGGUCACCGGGUGGGCGUCUUACAACCCCGACGGCAGCUGGGCUGCAAUACCCGAGGGCAACGAGAAAUACUUCUCCAUCCCCGUGAUGCUCGCCCACCCCCUCUCCCGCGGCUCGGUCCACGUCACCCGAGGGCCCGACCACACCCUGGGCCUGGACAUCGACCCGGCGUACCUGUCCCACCCGCUCGACAUCGAGGUGCUCGCGCGCCACGUGAGGCUCGUCGAGUCCGUGCUCGCCGCGGACACGUCCAAGUCCGCGCUGGCCAGCCACCUCAACCAGUCGCCCAGCGCCAAGCGGUCCCCGGGCCUGCCCCGCGGGCCGGCGGCGUUCGGGGGCCACGAGGCCGACGGGGAGGAACAAGAGGGGCUUGAGCGCGCCCGCAGCUACGUCCGCGGUUCCGCCGUCGGGGCCUUCCACUGGACCAGCUCGUGCGCCAUGCUGCCGCGUGACAAGGGCGGGGUGGUGGACCCGCGGCUGCGCGUGUACGGGGCCAGGGGUCUGCGGGUCGUCGACGCGAGCAUCUUCCCGCUUAUAACAAGGGCCAAUACCAUGGCUACCGUGUAUGCUGUUGCUGAGAGGGCGGCUGAGAUCAUCAAAGCUGGUCAGUGA